GGGAGCUGCGGCAUGGCCCGCGCGCUGCCCGCGUGCGUGGUGGACGGAGGUACCGGUUUCCAGUAGGAUCCCAUCUCAGACAAAUAAGGCUGGAAUUUGAGGUCUAGUCCAACCUCGUCCAAGAUCAUCUCUAUCUAAACCAUGCCAGGUAUACAAAACUUGGCUAUGCAGGAAAUACAGAACCGCAGUUCAUUAUUCCGUCAUGUAUUGCAAUCAGAGAGUCAGCCAAAGUAGGUGACCAAGCCCAGAGGAGAGUAAUGAAGGGAGUUGAUGAUCUAGACUUUUUCAUAGGAGAUGAAGCCAUAGAUAAACCUACCUAUGCCACAAAGUGGCCUAUACGACAUGGUAUUGUUGAAGAUUGGGACCUCAUGGAAAGAUUCAUGGAGCAAGUAAUUUUUAAAUAUCUUCGAGCUGAACCCGAGGAUCACUACUUCUUAAUGACAGAACCUCCAUUGAACACUCCAGAAAACAGAGAGUAUCUUGCAGAAAUCAUGUUUGAAUCUUUUAAUGUACCAGGACUUUACAUUGCUGUUCAGGCAGUAUUAGCCUUAGCUGCGUCUUGGACAUCACGGCAGGUUGGAGAACGUACGUUAACAGGAACUGUCAUUGACAGUGGCGAUGGAGUAACCCACGUAAUUCCUGUGGCAGAAGGUUAUGUAAUUGGAAGUUGCAUCAAACAUAUCCCUAUUGCAGGUAGAGAUAUUACAUAUUUCAUUCAGCAGCUCCUAAGGGAGAGGGAGGUGGGAAUUCCUCCUGAACAAUCCCUGGAGACAGCAAAAGCCAUAAAGGAAAAAUACUGUUAUAUUUGUCCUGACAUAGUAAAAGAAUUUGCUAAGUAUGAUGUAGAUCCACGAAAAUGGAUCAAACAGUAUACUGGCAUCAAUGCAAUCAACAGAACAAAAUUUAUUAUAGAUGUUGGUUAUGAAAGGUUUCUUGGACCUGAAAUUUUCUUUCAUCCUGAGUUUGCUAAUCCAGAUUUUAUGGAAUCCAUUUCGGAUGUAGUUGAUGAAGUUAUACAGAACUGUCCCAUUGAUGUUCGUCGUCCAUUAUAUAAGAAUGUGGUUCUUUCAGGAGGAUCUACAAUGUUCAGGGACUUUGGACGUCGACUACAGAGGGACUUGAAAAGAGUAGUGGAUGCAAGAUUGAGACUUAGUGAAGAACUCAGUGGUGGUCGGAUAAAGCCCAAACCAGUUGAAGUUCAAGUGAUAACACACCAUAUGCAGCGUUAUGCAGUUUGGUUUGGAGGUUCCAUGCUUGCUUCAACAAGUUUUUUCAAGUAUGUCACACCAAGAAAGACUAUGAAGAAUAUGGCCCUAGUAUUUGUCGUCAUAAUCCUGUUUUUGGAGUCAUGUCAUAAUGCUUGUCUAAUGGAAGUAGCGAUUCAUAUAUCUUGCUGGUGGAGAAACUCCUGAAAUGGAAGAAGACGACAGUUAUUGUAAAUACUGAAGCAAGAUGUGGAUGUUCAUCUCCUGGGAACAUUUGGGUCACCAUAGUGCACUACAACACUGCAUACAGCCCAGAUUCAUUUCAUUAAAAGCCAUUUCUGUGCUGACUACUUCAAAGCCUAUUCCUCUUUCUUCCUAAAUGUGAGCUUCUAGGUAGUAGGCCAGUCUCUGUUUAGGAGACUGUGCAAACACGACUGAGGUCAAGUCUAGAAGAUUAUGGCGUUGUUUUACUGCCUUGGGAAAAGUAAAAAGCGUUUAAGCCUUUUCCACCUGGGCUUUGUUCCUGCAAUUGAAUCUUUAUGGCCAGAUCUUUGUGCCUGUGUGGAGCCCCAUUGAUUUUAGUGGGAGUCAGAAUGGAUUUAAGUGUCUGCUCACAGUUCACAUUGCAGGAUCAGAGCCUUACUUUAUAAAUGGAUGGUUUUUCAUAUUAUUUUAUAUUUUAUGAUAUUGGUAAGUUUGACUGGUUCUAAGCAUGAACAGCUAUCAGUAUCAUGGAGUGAUGUGACAAGUUUCCAGGUGUGAGGCAUAUAUUGAAGUUGUACAGGUGUGUCUUGCUGACCAAAAUAAAAAGCCAUGUGUGCUAGAAAAUGGUUUGUUUUUGUUUGAGUGACAUGAACUUUAAGCAACUUACAGUGUUGUGUGAGGCUUAUACAGCCUAUUUUACUUUUUGUUAUGUUUGAAUUUUUUUGACGGUGUUUUAUAGAAGAUGACAUUUUGUUUUGGUGUUGGUGAGUGGUGGAUGAAACGCUGCCUUGCACCAGUGAAAUAAACUGUUGACAUCUUUA